AGCCGUGCUCCCCAGUGUGCUCCCCGCCCCCUGCCGCGGAGCCUCCCUGCUCCCCUCCCCACCCCACCUGCGGGCUGUGGCUCUCCGCGGGAGAUCUCACCGUUCUGGAGAUAGGGCUCGCUCUCUCUCAUUGGAGACUGGAAGGACGGGCUGUCUGGGCCUUAGGAAAGGCCCAUGCUGUAUAAGGCAUAGGGAAAGGAAAGGAAAAAAGGCAACGAACAAGGAGCGCUUCUAACUGCCGCUUCCUGCCAGCUGCAGGCCUCCCUUCCUAAGUUGGGCUAAGGUUUCCUCUCCAUGGGCUGGGGAGGGGUCGCCAGUAGGCCUCGGCGGGUCCUCUUUGGCUCGGACAGCCGUUCUCACGAAGGGUCCUGGGCCGGCAUCAUCAGUUUCACCUGGGAACCGGUUAGAAAAGCAAAUUCCCUCGGCCCCACCCAGACCCACGCCAAGGGCAGCUGUGGAGUGGGGCGCAGCGAUGCGCACAUUAACAGCCCUCCAGCUGCCCGGCCACCCUGCUUCUCCGCCCGGAGCCAUGAAUCUCAGUAGCGCCAGCAGCACGGAGGAAAAGGCAGUGACGACCGUGCUCUGGGGCUGCGAACUCAGUCAGGAGAGGCGGACUUGGACCUUCAGACCCCAGCUGGAGGGGAAGCAGAACUGCAGGCUGUUGCUUCAUACGAUUUGCUUGGGAGAGAAAGCCAAAGAAGAGAUGCAUCGCGUGGAGAUCCUGCCCCCAGCAAACCAGGAGGACAAGAAGAUGCAGCCGGUCACCAUUGCCUCGCUCCAGGCCUCAGUCCUCCCCAUGGUCACCAUGGUAGGAGUGCAGCUUUCUCCCCCAGUUACUUUCCAGCUCCGGGCUGGCUCAGGACCCGUGUUCCUCUGUGGCCAGGAACGUUAUGAAGCAUCAGACCUAACCUGGGAGGAGGAGGAGGAGGAAGAAGGGGAGGAGGAGGAAGAAGAGGAGGAAGAUGAUGAGGAUGAGGAUGCAGAUGUAUCUCUGGAGGAGGAAAGCCCUGUCAAACAAGUCAAAAGGCUGGUGCCCCAGAAGCAGACGAGCGUGGCUAAGAAAAAAAAGCUGGAAAAAGAACAAGAGGAAACAAGAGCCAGCGUUAGAGACAAGAGCCCUGCGAAAAAGGGAGGGAACAGCAUGGAGCUCUCUGUUCACCAGUCUCCAGGACCUCGGAUUCCACCUUUAAUCCUGAAAACCCAGGAAGGCUUCUGUGUCCCUACAAUGAAGCAGGUUUGGGGCUGGAUCUGGAGGGUGGCAACUCAAACCAUGCAGAACAGAAGAAGGAUGGACUUUUCCAUUCUGGCUAUUCCAUUCACUAGCUGGGCCAUUCUGAGCAAACACCUCCCAGUGUGCCUCAGUUUUCUCAUCGGCAAAAUGGGCUAGUCCCUGGCAUUGUACCGAGCAAUGUGGGACCGGAGGUCAGGGGAAGAGGCUGGUAGGCACUUCAUCCCAGGCAGCUGCUCAGGAACACGGGACACAGGGAGGGGACUCUGAGCUGCUCCUAGCUCAGAGAGGCUCCAGGGACAGGCACUGGGAGGAAGGGGAUGCAGAAUGGUGAGUGGAGCUGGGUCUCGGAACACAGACCUCUUGAAGUCUGCUGUGUGCUGAUUUCACACUAAACCCCCAACACCCUGAGGCAUUCCUGUCCUCAUUUCUCAGAUGGAACUACAGAAGCCCAAGGAAAAGGGGCUUAGGCCAGGACACCCAGCUCUUCUCUGAGUCUCUGUCUCAGGCCAGCUUUUGCACCUCUCCAUUGGGAUUUUCCUAGACCUCCAUCUAUACCUGCCAACCCACCUCUGACCCCCAAUCUGUUGCGCCCAGUAUUUGCUGCUGGUCAGGACAGACUUAACCCCUCCUUCCCAGCAAUCAGCUGCUCCAAGCCAAGCCCACCCCUGCCCCCUGGAGGGAGGCUCCUCCUUUUAAGGCUGCUUCUGGGAAUUUCCACUCCUGAGCCAGAACCAGAGACCCCAGCCCCGCUUG